CGCGCGGAACUCGCGGGUUCGGAACCGCCCGCUGAGGUCAGAAGGAGGCGUCUGCGCUGAUCGGGGCCGCCGCGCGCCAGAGCCGGAGUCGCAGCCGAGGGGAGCCGGGGCCGGAGCCCGAGCCCGAGCCGAGACAGAGCCCGAGCGAGCGGCGGAGACCGUGCCCCCACCUCGGCCCCGCGCCGCCGCGGCCAGGCCCGGCAUGGAGGAGGAGUGCCGGGUGCUCUCCAUACAGAGCCACGUCAUCCGCGGCUACGUGGGCAACCGGGCGGCCACGUUCCCGCUGCAGGUUUUAGGAUUUGAGAUUGACGCAGUGAACUCUGUCCAGUUUUCAAACCACACAGGCUAUGCCCACUGGAAGGGCCAAGUGCUGAAUUCAGAUGAGCUCCAGGAGUUGUACGAAGGCCUGAAGCUGAACAACAUGAAUAAAUAUGACUACGUGCUCACAGGUUAUACGAGGGACAAGUCGUUCCUGGCCAUGGUGGUGGACAUCGUGCAGGAGCUGAAGCAGCAGAACCCCAGGCUGGUGUACGUGUGUGAUCCAGUCUUGGGUGACAAGUGGGACGGCGAAGGCUCGAUGUACGUCCCGGAGGACCUCCUUCCCGUCUACAAAGAAAAAGUGGUGCCGGUUGCGGACAUCAUCACGCCCAACCAGUUUGAGGCCGAGUUACUGAGUGGCCGGAAGAUCCACAGCCAGGAGGACGCCUUGGGGGUGAUGGACAUGCUGCACUCUAUGGGCCCCGACACCGUGGUCAUCACGAGCUCCGACCUGCCCUCCCCGCGGGGCAGCGACUACCUGAUCGUGCUGGGGAGCCAGAGGAGGAGGAAUCCCACUGGCUCCACGGUGAUGGAACGCAUCCGGAUGGACAUUCGCAAGGUGGACGCCGUCUUUGUGGGCACUGGGGACCUGUUUGCUGCCAUGCUCCUGGCGUGGACACACAAGCACCCCAAUAACCUCAAGGUGGCCUGUGAGAAGACCGUGUCUACCUUGCACCACGUUCUGCAGAGGACCAUCCAGUGUGCAAAAGCCCAGGCCGGGGAAGGAGUGAGGCCCAGCCCCAUGCAGCUGGAGCUGCGGAUGGUGCAGAGCAAAAGGGACAUCGAGGACCCGGAGAUCGUCGUCCAGGCCACGGUGCUGUGAGGGCCGCGCCGCUCACCCGUGACGCGCAGCGCGUUGGUGUCUCCGUGUUUGUCCCUGUGAAAACAUGUAACGUCUGCCUUAGAGCCAUGACCGAAACUUGCUAUUUUUUUCUUUCAUGAGUGUCCGGCAUCUGCUGGUCUUCAUUGUGAAAUGUGCCAGUCGUGCUUUGUGAAAAAUAACAAAGCGAUCACAGAAAUUUGUGAUCUGAAAACCCGGCUCCCUUCCCCACGAGGCUCCUGGACCUCCGGGAAGACGGGCCCCUGUUUGCCAUCUCGGGGGGUGUUCCAUGUGAGAGGGUGAGUGGGUGAAGCCGAGCCUGCUGCGCGUUGACCCUCGAGUGGGCCCCGGCUGCCACUACCGCACAGAGGCCGUGUUGCGUGUGGGCUGGGCCUGGGUGGCUUGUCUUUGCAUCUGUGAGAAGGAGUCGGGUGGUAACUGUUGAGGGCAGGAAGAAUUCUGCCAAGUAUCUUUACUGUCAUUCUGAUCAUAGCCUCUUUGUUCCUGCAUUUGAACUUUUGUUUCUUACUUUGCUGCUCGUUUAGUCCCUGGAGAUUUCAGAUCUUAGGCUGCUGUUUCGCCGUAUGGGAGGGUUGAUGUGAGCUUGCUCAGAGGCACACAGGUGCAGAGUCAGGGACCUUCCCAGGCCCCAGCAAAUACAAGUCGGUCCGCAGACCUCUCAGGUAUCUGCGGGACCUCCUGUAACCCAUGGGCGUCUUCCAGGAAUCCGCUGAGCGACGUGAGGAAGAUGCUAACGCAGUAAGGUCCGUGCUGGGCCAAGAGCAGCUUUGAAGCUCCGGAGAACCACCCCGUCAGGUUCCCUGUGGAAGCUCCCCUCAUCUGUGGUACAGCAGGCUGAGCACUGCGCGUUUGCCACGUGCUGCCCGUGACAGCACAUCGAGCCACAGCAUUUGUAGACAGGACAGAGGGGUGCAUGCCCCCUGCCCCUGCUGGCACAUUUAGCCCUUGUCCCCUGACCUCAGUUCUGUGCCCCAGCAAAUGCCCAGGGGCAAGAGGCCACCCUGGAAGCUGCCAAUCUUCCGAGGUGGGUGUGGGGCACGGUGGGGGCGGGCAGCCCCCAGGCCCUUGGGCAGGCUGGGGUGGCGGCAGAGGCCACAGCACCAGCUCUGACACGUCCUGUCAUCCUCUGCUCAGCAGUGACCUCCCUGGCCCCACUUUGCCCAGAGUUUGGGGUCCCCCUAGGUAUAGCUAUAGGCGGCAGUGCCUGUCUCUGGCUUGCCUUGAUUUCAACCACACCCCUGCAGCCCUGCACCCCAGCUCUGGGGUGUGCAGAGGUUUGUGUCUCCAGGGAACCAAUGGCUGGAGAGAAAUAGGGAGAUGCAGGAAGUGGGGGCCCAUGGGGCCCCUAGGAAGCGGACUCUCCAAGGGGUACCCCCACCCCGCUACCUUCCCCACAGAUGGGUCCCUCCUGGAGCCCACACCCUCCUGUGAGGCCAUUCCAGUGUCUUCUAGAAAGACUCGCUUGCCAGGAGUGCGUUCUUUGUUGAAAAAUGCCCUAAAGGGAAAAGAUGCAGGUUUAGGUGGAACCCCCCACCCCCGCCCCCACUCUUCCCCACUCUGUUCGUUCUGAAUGCCUUCACGAGCGUGCAUCAGGGCGCCUGGCUCCCCUACCUCAACCAGUGAGUCAGACAUGGGUUUCCCAGCCAUGUUUCCUGGCUCCGAGGACACGGGUGGCAGGCCCCUUGCAGCUCAGAGCCACUGGUCCCUGCAGGGCGUUGCCACAACAGCAGGAAGGAGGAAGGCUGUGGCCGGAGCCUGGCGGGGGGGCGGCCUCCCCAGUAUGUGAGUGCGGGGAUCCGCCAGAACCACCUGGCCCUCUGUAGGGUGUUUAACUGGAAAUACCCUCACUGCCAAGUGGAGACUGGGGCGUGUGCCACAUUGCCAGCCACCAGGAAAGCUUUUCUUUUUCUUUUUUUUUUUUUUUGAACACCAAGAGUACGUAUAGCAUGGGGGAAAGAACCUAAAUGUCUCUCUCUUCUGUGAGCUGGUGAAAAACCCAGCAUGAAAAUGCAGUGUCAGGUGUGGGGCUCUUUCUGCCCGUGCGGUGGAUGUUACGGGCGGUGUGCCCUGGGGAGCAAACUUUGAUUCUUGGUUCUUUGAGCUCGUUUCAGAGGCUGAGUCCCCACGUCAGCUUUACUUCUUGGACUUCCCUGUAUUAAGCAAGAAUUAGGAGAAUGGCUGUCCCCGCAGGCGCCUCCCGUAAAUCCUGAGCUCUCUGGCGCAAUCUGAAACUCUGUUUUCUUUGGCUGUAUCAGCCGAGCCGGGAGAGGCCUAGGCCGUGACUAAGGAGAAAGAAAUCGGGGUUUCCGAGAGCAGAUGGUGCCUUUGUGGGUGCAGGGCUGUUGUGGAAAUUGUCAGCCUCUAUGGGCAGAGUCCUGCAUCCCCUCCCCAGACUGCCUGCUGUCACCACAGAGCAGCUGGAGCCUGCCCUGUCCACGGCCCGUUUCCACCCGGGCAUGGUCGUCUCUCAUGACUUGGGCAGAGGCCCCCGGUGGUCUUGAGUUUCAGUCUCUCAUCCAGGAAGGUAACCAUGGGCAUUGGCAAUGGGUUUCCAUAUGGCUCGAAUCUAAAUUAGAAUUGAUCUUUGUUUUCAGUUUCCAUAGUUAAUAACAUGCAAAAUAAUGAGAAGAAUUUAUUUUAAGGUGAGAGCUGUAUUCGUCCAACAUUGCCUGCUUAUUGUCAGGGUACAGAAUUUUAAUACUUUCUUAAUCCAGUUUUUCACACUUCUUGUAGACCGUAAGGAUGAAUUCCACAAUAGGAUCCUUUUUAAAAUCGAUUUUAAAUUGUUGCCUAGUCCUGCCAAGGUUAUUAUGUGCAUCUGUUAUUUUUCCAGUACAUGUAAACAAUUGCAGCGUGAUGCUUUGUUUAAUGUCCUGUUCUUAAGCUCGUUAGAGCCAGUUUUGAAACGUUUGGUCUUACCGUGAACGGAGGCUGGCUUGGCUUAGCCACGCUGAUGAGUAAGUGAGGGAUGUCUCCAUCUUGAGAUCAGCAGGCAAGAGAGUUGCCUGCACCAGGGGGGAGGCCGAAGCCCCUGGGAUAACAGUCCCCACCGCCACCCGAGGUAAGACAAUAAAAGCUAUGUGGUUGAGCUCAGGCCUCUCGUCUGGUGUCAGAGAAGGCAGAGCCCACAGUAGGGUGCAGGGUACAAGGCCCUGGGAGGGCACUGGCCAGGGAAGGUGGGAUAGAUGGUCCUCAGAUUGCUGGGCCCCGAGCAGCUCCCCGCCCUGCCCAUCCGCCUGCCCUGGCUCCAGCCUCGUUCUCUCUUUAGUUUAACUGUGCAAAAACAGGAGGUUGAGAGUGUUCUGGCAGCUGGAGCUCUUCUCCUUGUCCUUCCUGCCCUCCGAUGGGGCCGCCUGUGUCGGGGCAGCAGGGUCCAUGUUUAUGGAGAUCAGAGGUGCCCCCACUGUGUGGCUGGACUGUACUCUGCUGCCCGGGUAGCCAGGAGUCUCUCCCUCUCUCCCCUGCCGCCUGCCUGGUCUCAUGGGCCUCCUUCACACACCCCUCCUUGUGGAUCGCCUGCCUGGGCCCAGAGCAGGGGAACUGGAGUUUGCGAGUGAGUAGAGCAGGUUAUGUGCAGACAGGGAAACAAGAACUUCGGACCUGGCUUUCUGAGUCCAGGUGAGAGCUGUGUGGCCCCCUGAUGCCACUCUGCCUGCCAGAGGGAUGUGUCUGCUGAGCCUUUUCCUUCCACGCUGCCUCUCACUGCCAGGCCAGCGGCUUCCGCUGAGACUCGCUGGAGAGGCGGCUCCCGUGUCCGUCCACCGAGCACUCAGAUGGAUGCUGAUCACCAGGGCCGAGGGGGCUCCCAGAAGGACCCCAGGCCCUGGGGAGGGUGGCUCUGGGAGACCAAGUCCACUGCCCGGAAGUCUUGUCAGCCCUAAGCCAGGGAAGCCUGGAGCUUGGCCUGGCGGGUCUGGGUGGACACCGUCCCCACUCUGGACUCCCAGCACAGGGGAGGAGGCCUGAGCCUGUGUGGCCCUGUAGCCUUGGGCAGAGCUGGGCCUGUCGUGUGUUCCUGCCUGGCAGGUGCAGGUGCUGGCCAUCUGCAGGUGGAAGGAGGUGGGAAUCUUGGAUAUUUUUUUUUUUGAGAGGGAGUCUCGCUCUGACACCCAGGGUGGCGUGCAAUGGUGUGAUCUUGGCUCACUGUAAACUCCGCUUCCCGGGUUCAAGUGGUUCUCCUGCCCCAGCCUCCCAAGUAGCUGGAAUUACAGGCAUGCGCCACCACGCUCAGCUGAUUUUUGUAUUUUUAGUAGAGAUGGGAUUUCACCAUGUUGGCCAAGCUAGUCUCAAACUCCUGACCUCAAGUGAUCUGCCCGCCUCGGCCUCCCAAAGUGCUGGGAUUACAGGCGUGAGCCACUGCACCCGGCAGAAUCUUGGAAUUUUUAUAGACAGCACCUCAGUUUCUGACUCCAGCUGCACACCUGCUGCCUCUACCAGCAGGAGUUGCCACCAGGCCAGAGCCAGGGCCAGGUCCCUGCGUCCAUCCCCCCCAGUAGGAUGGACGUGAGCCAUCCUUCUAGGGGACUUUUUUCAGUGUGCGACUCGUCUGUUAGGUGGUAGGAGCCAGUGUGUGUGGCCUGUGCCACGCUCCGCAGUGCGUGGCUGGGCUCUGUGUGUGUCCUGUAUCCCCUGUCCCUGCAGGGCCCAGCAGGCAUCGUGGCAUGACAGCUGUGUCCAAGCCACUGCUCGAGCAUCCCAUCACCCACCAGGGCGCACGGUCACUCCCACUGGGGGCUUUCUGUCGCAUGUGUGUCUCCUGUCGACUCUGCAGUUUGUUCUCAGAGCAGAAUGUUUCCUGUUCUCAGUGCACAAAGACACUGGUUUUCAAUCAGCGUCUAAAACCACGUUCCUGCCUUUCAUUGCAACACAGUGUGUUCAUUUGUUUAAAACAGAGUUUAAUGAGUAAGUGUAGAUGACUGGUCAAUAUCUUAAAAAUUUAUAUUAAUAAAAAGUUCUUCCUGGAAUUUUUCUUUUGAUUCUGGCAGAAGAAACAGAUGUUUUUAGUUUUCCCACUGUCUGAGCCAAGCAGGACCCUGUCCCAGAGCAAGAGAUGUCCCCUUCCAUCUCUGACCCUUGCCUGGGACAAGCCUUGUUGGGGCGCCCCAGCUUCAGGGUUGUGGUGGGAACAGCACCCCCAAAUGCCAGCCUCUCCUUUCUUCCCAUCCACCAGUUCACUGUGGGGCCAUUUCUGGUCUUUGUGCAACAGGAAACCCAUUUCUGGUGGGAGAUGCCUUCCAGUGCCACAGGGCCACUCACCCCAUGCAUCUCUGUCCUGCCCAUCAGUGCUGGGACGGACAGCAAGGGCAAGCCCGGUGUCUGGCGGAUAGGUGGGUGGGAACAGACAGGAGAAUGCUGUCCUAAGCCUCUGCUUGGGGAUCCCCCACACGGCCUGGGUACUGCCUGGGAAACCUGUCCUAAGUAAAACUAUGGGCCUCGCCUCGCCCACUGGCCUACGAAGCCAGCAUCUCCGUGAAGGUGGAUGGAAGCGCCUUUGUCCUCAUUUUGAGCUGCAAGCUGGGUCAGCGGCUUCUGAAGCCCUCAAGUGACUUUCUAACCCAAGACCCAGCCACUGGCAGGAGGAGGGCAGGUGCAGGGCUACUGGGACAAAAAGAGGCCUCAGCAGGCCUGGCAGACCCUUCCAGUACAUCCCAAAGCGUGUCGAGCAGCUGGGAGAACCCGUGUCAAGCUUGACCCAUCACAGGUCCCCAUGAGGUGUCUGAAGCCCCUUCUUGGUGAUGGGAGGCAGAGGUGCUGAUAUUCUGGAGAAUGGACGCGAGUCCUCAGCUGGCUCCGCGUGGGCCCUUGGAGGGUGCAAGGUGUGUGGUGACCUUCUGGAGGCCUUUAACUUCAUGGCUGCAUCAUUCCUGAUUUAGAACUUUAACAGGAGCUUCAUCUAGUGAUUGAAAAACUGGACCAACGGGAGGAUGGCGGCGCAGCCCGGUCCCUCCGUGGAAUGGAGCUCUUCGGAGGCAUCAAAGCACCUGUCGCCGCCGUGGUUCCACUGCCGAGGGAGUGCGGGUUCCGCAAGGUUCGGGGGUGGCUUCGUUUGCCCGGAGUGGCCGGCCCUGCGUGUGCCGUGUGGAUGUUUGCGAGCCUCGGUCCCACAGCACUGUGUAGGCUGCAUCUGUUUCGUGCUGGUCCUGUUGACUUGUAUGAUAUCCACAAAUAAAUAUUUUCAUGGCAGU